AUGGCUGAUGGACUGCCGUCUCUGGAUGGACAGGAGGACAUGGUUGGAUCACGCCCGAGCUCUCCUUCCAAACCCACAGUUGAGGAUUGUCAGAAGAUGGACAGCUACAAGGCUGAUAAGCCUGAUAAUGAUAGACGAACGUUGCGAAGGUCGCCCCGCUUGAACAAAGACGUGGACAAUGAGGGCUUGAACAAAGACGCUGACAACGAGAAAGCCGCCGCUUUCGAAAAAAGGAAAGCAGAGGUUAUGAAGGAGCUUGAACUUUUCUGGGAGACCACCUGGGGCGGGAGACCAGAAAACUUCCCCUUGGUGCCCAUAACAGAGGAAGACCUAAAACCGCCACCCCCGAUCAUGGACCUGGAAAAGUGCAAUCUUAAGCUGGCCAGCAUGUCCCCCCACGAUCGGGCGAUCUUUCUGGGGCAUGAACCAGGGUCAAAAAAUUACCGGCAGAUGGUGAACCCAACGAUGGAGGAUCAUGAGGAGAUGUAUGAGAAGUUUCGUGCAGACUACGGCCCUUGCUGUAACGGCAAAUUUUUCCAUGCGAUGACCACGGAGGAGAUCAACCAACACUUAGGUAGUAUCUACAUCUUCAUCGAUCAAUUCGUGGGCCAGUAUCUGAUCAAGGACAACAAGAUCAUCGAGGAAAGACUCACUGGCGAACAAAAGGAUCAGAUCAUCAGAAGCUUGCGCGGUUGGGCCCAUCCUAGGACGUGGGAGGGCGCGGUGAAGCUCCUCCAUCCGACCACAGCUGAACUGUUACCGGAAAUCGUCGUUCGGACCAUGAUAGCCAAGCGGAUCUAUGAAGAUAUCCUGAUGGAUCCAUUCUUCUGGCUCGACGAUGAAGGCGGCCAGGUGGCCACCCAACGCCCAUGCGACAAGCUAUUCUAUCCUUCGUACACCGAGAUGACGAACCUGUACCACUGGUUCAAACGAGGUACGUCUCCCGAUACAGAUUGA